AUGGAAAUCUACUGUGAACGUGUGCGUGAUCUGCUUAAUCCCAGUAAUAAAAACAACUUAAGAGUGAGAGAACAUCCCUUGCUGGGUCCAUAUGUUGAAGAUCUUUCCAAGUUGGCUGUGCAAUCUUAUGAGGAUAUUGGAAAACUCAUUGAUGAGGGCAACAAAGCUAGAACUGUGGCUGCCACUAACAUGAACGAAACGAGCAGUCGUUCUCAUGCUGUAUUUACAAUUAUAUUUACACAGAAGAAGUAUGAUUCUUCAACCAAAAUAACUGGUGAACGAGUAAGAAAGAUGGACAACAAUGAAAACAUUGCUAUCAAUCUCUCCUCUUUUUUUUUUGUUUUCAUCCUUCUUCCUGUGUUCUUUUCCCUUUAUCACCUGCUCUUUCAUUUACUUUCAUGCUCUCUUUCUUCAUUUUCUCCCAUCUCCGCUUUAAUUUAUCUUCCUUUUUCUAUUUCUUCUCCUUCAUCUUAUUUCCCUUUUUCUGUUUUUUUCCUUCUUCUUUUCUUCUUCUUCAUUUAUCCUCCCCUUCUCCUCCUCAUCCUCCUUUCCCUCUUCUUCUUCAUCACCCUUUACCCUUUCCCUCUUCUUCAUCACCCUUUACCCUUUCCCUCUUCUUCUUCACCCUUUCUCCUUUCCCUCUUCUUCUUCACCCUUUCUCCUUUCCCUCUUCAUCUUCACCCUCCUUUCUCCUUUCCCUCUUCAUCUUCACCCUCCUUUCCCUCUUCAUCUUCACCCUCCUUUCCCUCUUCAUCUUCACCCUCCUUUCCCUCUUCAUCUUCACCCUCCUUUCCCUCUUCAUCUUCACCCUCCUUUCUCCUUUCCCUCUUCAUCUUCACUCUCCUUUCCCUCUUCAUCUUCACCCUCCUUUCCCUCUUCAUCUUCACCCUCCUUUCUCCUUUCCCUCUUCAUCUUCACCCUCCUUUCUCCUUUCCCUCUUCAUCUUCACCCUCCUUUCUCCUUUCCCUCUUCUUCUUCAACCUUUCUCCUUUCCCUCUUCAUCUUCACCUUUUCUCUUUUCCCCCUUCUUCUUCACCCUUUCUCCUCUCCCCCUUCUUCUUCACCCUUUCCAUCCCUCCUCCUUUCCUGCUUUUUUUCACUCCUUCUCCAUCCCUUCUCCUCUUCUUUAUUUACCUAGUUAGUAAGAUCAGUUUGGUGGAUUUGGCCGGCAGUGAACGUGCCGAUUCCACAGGAGCAAAGGGGACCCGACUGAAAGAAGGCGCUAAUAUUAAUAAAUCUUUGACCACCCUCGGGAAAGUCAUAUCAGCUCUGGCUGAAGUUAGUGCGGAUGUGGGAAAGAGUAGCAAAAAGAAAAAGAAAACAGACUUUAUCCCCUACAGAGAUUCAGUUCUCACAUGGCUCCUAAGAGAGAAUUUGGGUGGUAACUCUAAGACAGCAAUGAUAGCUGCCUUGAGUCCUGCAGACAUUAAUUUUGAUGAAACUCUCAGUACACUGAGAUAUGCUGACCGUGCCAAGCAAAUUGUAUGUAAGGCUGUUGUUAAUGAAGAUCCAAAUGCCAGAUUAAUCCGAGAAUUGAAGGAAGAAGUUGCCAGACUCCGAGAACUUUUGGUUAAUGAAGGAAUUGAAAUAAAUGAUGCCAACACACCUGCCAACCAAAAAGAAAUCAAACGCACUCGUAAAGAGUCAAUGUCAGCAGAUGGGGACGACCCCGUUGAGCGACUCCAGAUGUCUGAAAAACUGAUGGCUGAGCUGAACGAAUCUUGGGAAGAAAAACUUCGCAAGACCGAAGCCAUCAGAAAAGACAGGGAGGCUGUUUUGGCAGAAAUGGGUGUUGCCCUUCGGGAAGACGGUGGCACUAUUGGUGUCUUCUCACCUAAGAAGACUCCACAUCUUGUCAACUUGAAUGAAGAUCCUCUGAUGUCCGAGUGUCUAAUUUAUUACAUCAAGGACGGAACAACAAGGGUGGGCUUACCUAAUGCCAAACAACCCCCGGACAUUCAACUGAGUGGUACUCAUAUCAAAGAAGAACACUGUAUGUUUGAAAACAUCGAUGGUACAGUAACAGUGAUACCAUGCAAUGCAGCCAUGAUAUAUGUGAAUGGGCGGCAGGUGACCGAAGCCACUGUUUUAAAAGUAGGGUCGCGUGUAAUCCUUGGAAAAAAUCACGUAUUCAGAUUUAACCAUCCUGUGCAAGCACGUGAGAGCCGUGCAUUGAUGACAGAAAGUAUUCCUGAUAUUGAAUCAUUGGCACAGAAUCAAGAACCAGUGGACUGGACCUUUGCUCAGUUAGAAUUACUAGAAAAACAAGGAAUUGACUUGCGGAAAGAUAUGGAGCAAAGGUUGUUGGCAUUAGAAGAACAAUAUCGUAAAGAGAAAGAAGAAGCUGAUUUACUAUUUGAACAACAAAGAAAGGAUUAUGAAUUCCAAAUCCAUGCCCUACAAGAGCAGGUAGAAAGACAUUCCAUGAUGUCCAGCUGUACUACAGAGGACUUGAAUUAUGAAGAAGAAACAGAAAUGGAAUGCACCUGGAGUGACCAUGAACGACAAUUAGCAGUUUGGGCAUUCCAAAAAUGGAAGUAUCACCAAUUUACAUCCCUCAGGGAUGACCUCUGGGGAAAUGCCAUCUUCCUGAAAGAAUCCAAUGCCAUCAGUGUAGAACUACACAAAAAGGUGCAGUUCCAAUUUGUCCUGUUAACAGACACAAGUUAUUCGCCUCUGUCGUCUGAACUUUUGUCUCAAGAAGAUCGAGACACCAACCGACCUUUCCCAAAGACUAUUGUCGCUGUUGAGAUGUCCCUCUCCCCACUCCACCCCAUUCCUCUCUUUCUCUCUCUUCUCCAUGUUGAGUUUUCAAGCUUAUUUCUUCACUCUCGCUUCUUUUUCUCUCUCUCUCUCUAUCUCUUUUUUUCUCUCUCUCUCUUUCUUACUCUCUUUUCUCUCGCUAUGUUAUCUAUCUUCUGCUCUUUAUUCUCAUUUGCUUUUCUUUCUGUCUUUUUCCCUCUCUAUCUCAUUUUACUUUCUCUCUUUUCUCUCACUAUGUUAUCUAUCUUCUCUUUAUUCUCAUUUGCUUUCUCUCCCUCUUUUUCUACCUUUCCCUCUUUUUCUACCUCUCUCUUUGUUUCUUUCUCUCUUUUCUCUCACUCUUGCUAUCUCUCUCACUUCUUUUUAUUUUAUAAAUCUCUUUCUCAUGCUUUUUUUAUACUUAUAACACUAUCUCUUCUGUUUUAUCUACAACUCUCCCUCUCUUUUGUUCUGUUUAUUUUCUUCUUAGCCCUUCUCCUCUCUCUCUCUCUUCUUACCCCUUCUCCUCUCUCUCUCUUCUUACCCCUUCUCCUCUCUCUCUCUUCUUACCCCUUCUCCUCUCUCUCUCUCUUCUUACCCCUUCUCCUCCCUCUCUCUCUCUUCCUUUCUCUCCUUCUCUCUUCUCCCUCUCUCUCUCUCUUCUUACCCCUUCUCCUCUCUCUCUCUUUUCUUACCCCUUCUCCUCUCUCUCUUCUUACCCCUUCUCCUCUCUCUCUUCUUACCCUUCUCCUCUCUCUCUCUUCCCUUCUCCUUCUCUCUCUCUCUCCUCUCUCUCUCUUCUCUCUCUCCUUAUCCCUUCUUUCUCUUAAAUCUAUUAAACCUCUUUGUAUCUUCUUACUCUCUUUAUUUUGUUUCCUCUUUGCUCUUCACAAGCACUCACUCUCUCUCUCUCACUUCUUUACUUAUCAUACGCUCUUAUCUCUCUCUUUCCCCUUUUCCUCCCUCUCUUUCCCCUUUUCCUCCCUCUCUUUUUUCCCUUCCCUCCCUCUCUCCCCUUUCCCCCCUUUUUCCCUCCCUCUCUCUUCCCUUUCCCUCCCUCUCUUUCCCCUUUUCCUCCCUCUCUUUCCCUUUCUCUCCCUCUCUCUUUCCCUUUCCCUCCCUCUCUUCCUCCCUCUCUCUUUCUCUUUCCCUUUCCCAUCUCUCCUCUCUCUCCCUUUCCCUCUUUCCUCUCUCUCUCUCCCCUUUUCCCCUCUCUCUCUCCCUUUCCCUUUUCCUCUCUCUCUCCCUUUCCCUUUUCCUCUCUCUCUCCCUUUCCCUUUUCCUCUCCCUUUCCCUCACACUCUCUCCCUUUCCCUCACACUCUCUCCCUUUCCCUCACACUCUCUCCCUUUCCCUCACACUCUCUCCCUUUCCCUCACACUCCCCUAUCUCCCUUUCCCCUCUCUCUCCCUCUUUUAA